GAAGGAAAGGUGUGGAAAUAUGAAUGGACAGCACCCAACACAAACAGCCCUCCAACAUCCAGUGAAUACAGGAUCAGCAGAGUUUCAGUGUCCCACAGUGGAGACUACAGAUGUCGGGGUAGCAGUGACUAUCUCUUAACAGGAUGGAGUGAUGCCUUCAGACUGACAGUUUCAUCAAGUAAACCCAGAGCCUCACUGACAGCACAAAGUUCAAUCAUACCAGCAGGGGGCAGUGUGACACUGAGCUGCUCUGUGGAGGGCUCUGCUGGCUGGAAGUUUGACUGGUUCAGACAUGAUUCAGUCUCUUCUAAAGCUCAGCUCAUGAGAGGAAAUGAAGCAAACAGAGUUAUUAGUGUCUCACAAGGAGGUCUGUACCACUGCAGAGGAGGGAGAGGAGAUCCAGUUUUCUACACAGAGGACAGCAGUGACGUCACAGUUACAGAAACUCUUCCCAGUAAGCCCACUGUGACCCUGCAGCCAUCCUGGACUCAGAUAUACAGCGGUGAGACAGUCACUGUCAGAUGUGAGAUUCAGGGAGGUGAAGGAGCUCAGUGGACGUAUGAAUGGAGAGCAGCCAAGUUAAACACACCUCCAACAUCCAAUGAAUACAGAAUCAUCAGAGCUACUGAGUCUGACAGUGGAGGAUACAGCUGCCGGGGCAGAAGGGACUAUUUCUUCUCAGAGUGGAGUGAUAUCAUCACACUGACUGUAUCAUAUAAACCCCGUCCUGUCCUCACUGUGUCUCCAUCAUGGCUGAGUCCUGGAGCCUCAGUAACUCUGAACUGUGAGGUUGAACAUCCAUCUGCAGGAUGGAGCUUCUACUGGUAUAAAGCUGUUCCUGAUCUAUCAGAGAAAUCCUCCAGUUAUGAGCUGCUACCUGAUGGCAGUGGGACUGCACAGGACUCCUACAUCAUUCAUGGACAGACACACACAGCAGGAUAUGUGUGCAGAGCUGGAAGAGGAGACCCAGAGUAUCACACUGAUCACAGUCAACCAAAGUUUGUCUGGUCUGCAGAUGUUCAUUCAGCAGCGUCUCUCACAGUGAGUCCUGACAGAGUGCAACACUUCACCUCUGACUCUGUCUCACUGACCUGUGAGGGAAACUUCACUGAGUGGAGAGUGAGGAAGUUCUCUGAGGACGGCCGACUGUACUCUGACUGUAGGAGAAUGACUGGAUCCACAUGUGACAUCAACACAUCAAAGUCAGAUACUGCAGUGUACUGGUGUGAGUCUGGAUCAGGAGAGUUCAGCAGUGCAGUCAACAUCACUGUACAGAAUGAUGGUAAUGGUCCUAUCCUGGUGAGUCCUGUUCAUCCUGUGACUGAGGGAGCUUCUGUUAGUCUGAGCUGCAGUUUGAGAACACAAAAAAUACUUUCCAAUGUGUUUUUCUAUCACAAUGACAAACUUAUUCAAAAUGAUACCCGAGGGGAGCUGAAGAUCUCUGCAGUGUCAAAGUCUGAUGAAGAUUUCUACAAGUGUCAGUACUCAGGAAGAGAGUCAGCACAGAGCUGGAUGUCAGUUAAAGUAGCUGUGUCCACACCUGAGAGCUCUUCAUUUCCUCUUCUGAUGAUCUUUAGACGAAUUCUUGGAUUCAUGUUUAUUUUCCUUCCACUGUUGUUGUUUUGCUGCAGACGGUCCAAAGGUGAUCGUUGUGUCUAUGAGACAGUCAGAAGAUGUGAAAACACUGAAAAUGGUCCAGCAGAAGGUGAUUUCACCAAUGUCACAUCUGUGAUUCAGCUCAAAGUCAUUAACAAGACAAGGCAACGUGGUGACCCAGAGGAGAGCUCUGACUACAAUAAUGUCAAUGCAAAUUCAGCCACAGCUCUAAAAUCUUAACAACAGCUCUUUAGCUGUUUUUCUCUUUAAAGUUUCUUAAAAACUUGAAGUGACUUUGAAUGAAAAGGAGAUUUUGAAUUCAAAGCAAUGAUCCUGAUAGCCUGAGUUUAUAUUUCCUUCAGAAAGAAUCACUCAGUGUGUUUCACUUAUUUCUCUCACAUUAGAUAAUAAUUUUAAUGGACUUUAGU